AUGCCAACAGCUGAACAUGUCAAUAUGAUGGAUUUGGAUGAUCAGAGUUUAGAUAAUCUUUAUAAAUUAAAGGCUCCAAAACUACCCAUCUCGAAAGUGAAAAAAAUAGCAAGAUGUGAUCCAGAAUACGUGAUCACUUCGAACUCUGCAUUCAUUGCAACUGCAUUUGCCACCGAGAUCUUCAUAAAGAACUUUGCUGAAGAGACGAUUGUUCUGUCGCAAUUAAGUAGUACAAAUGGUCAAAAAGUUAAGAGGAUUACAUAUGCAGAUUUGGCAAAAACCGUCCAAAGACAUGAAAAGUUUCAUUUCUUGACUGAUGUGAUACCAAUUACAAAGAACUUGAAAACUCUGGUCAAACAAAAUAAGGUAAGAUAUUCAAAUGUGGCACCAUCGUCAGGAAACCAACGUACACUACCUUUCCAAUCAAUGAGCACUAAUACCAAUGACUCCAAAGAUGAAGUCAAUUCCGGGGACGAGAUCUAUGAUGAGAACGAUGAUAUCGAAGAAGCUGAAGAAGAGGAAGACGAUGAAGAUGAUGAUGCUGAAGAUGAGGACGAGUUAGAAGCUAAAACCGUCCAAGAACAAAAGGACAUGCAAGAUGAAUUAAAAAAAGUCGAGCAAUUGAAUUAUGUUAUAGAUUUAGAUAAAGAAGAUUCCAAUAGCAACGACGAAGAGAUAAACGACCAUUAUGGAGAAUCUGAUGAAGAGUAA